UUUACUCCUCAGAUACCGUAAAAUGUAAUCAAACUAUAAUAUUUUUUUCCGGAAAGAAGUAUGUUCAAUAGGAAACCGGUUUUAGCAGGUGCGUAAUGUCUUCAUGGCGCGCGCAAACAUCAAUUUCCAAGACGUGUGCUUCUAAAACUGAUAUUUCUCAUUUGUUUUUGAAAUUACAAACCUGAAACCUUGAACAUAGACUGCUGACAGCCUGUGGAAGCCAUAGGAAUUGCAUCCAGGGAGCUAAUUUUCAAUAUGACCUUUUCUCUUGCAGUUCUAGGAUGGUCUUUAAAAAAAUUAAAAAAUCUGGUUGGUUUUUCUUUGGAUUUUCUCCGACCAUAUCUUUUGUUAUAUUCUCCUACAUUAUUUUAAUAUUUCUGCAGACUUCAAAUGUUUUCUUUCCAAUGGUACCAAUUAUAUGCAUAUCCUGGCUUCAGGGCCUGAGCUACAGGCAGUUUACUUUGGGCAUGUCAUUCAGUCAGGAAGUGGAAAAAAAGGGCCUAUCCUUAAUUAAGACUGGAUUUAUCAGUGAUUGACAAGUGCAGGAACACUAGAGUAAUGGUUAAUGAAGAAAGAAAUGGACUUGACAAUCUGAUGUCAUUCAAAUAUGAUGUCAAUCAUAACCUACUUAAACCAUUUCAGUGAAGGGAGUAAUGUUGUACUAUGGCACAUUAUUUUACACAUGGAAAAUUGUUGGAUGAAGUGGCCUACUAUGUAUGUAAAUGAAUCAAAUGAAUUACAAAUGUUUGUUUUAUCUGUAAAUGACAACGAUAUACUGUAGUUUUUAGAGUACUGAUUUGCUGUAAUUGCCUAAGAGUUGUUUUUGAAAAUAUGUUAAUGACAGCUAGCGUCUACUGAGGAGGUACAAUAGGGGGAAAAGUAACCCCCAGUAUGGUAUACUAACUUGCCAAUAUAUUAAGAAAAUUGUGCAUUCUUUCUGUUCAACCUCAAAGCACUUAUAAUGCACUUAUAAUGCAUUAUAAUGCCUUUGCACUUUAAAUCUUAUUAGUCACACAGAAAUUAAGAACAUAUACAACAUAUAUGUUAUCUCUACAAUACCUUUUUAUUCUUGGAACAAUUAAUUUUCACAUUUAAGGAACAAUUAGAUUUAUUUUUAAUUAACGCAUUUAUGAAAACAGUUUGCUGUAGCAUAACAAUGUUUACACAAGUCAACCUGAAGGUCAUUACUCUUCAUCUAAUGGUGCCCUUCAUGGAAAAUGUUUCAAAUAAAAAUGUCAAGAAACCUUGGGUUACUAUUUUAUGUUGCAAUCAAACACUUAUUUUCCUGAUGUAAGAACAGGGUGUCUGUGCUGCACUCAAGUAUCAUUAGCCAGAGGAACCAACAUCACUCCAUAUAGCAGUUAACAAUAAACCUUGAAAUUCUACACAGUGGAACAAGCCCAACCCUCAGCCUUACAAGAAAACUGAAAUUAGUAGCCUGUCAUCCAAUGACCGCAGUCUCUGACUGGUGUACAUAGUAAGCAUGACUAAAACGUGUUUCUGGUGUGUUGAGUAUCAGGUUUCAAACUAAUGUAGGACCCAGUAUCUUGCUUUUUUUUCUGUUGCCUUGAUUGACCAUUCCAGUGCCAUCAGAGUGGAGGAAAUGUAUGUACUCUGAGCUGAGAAAACAUUUUUGCUCUACAGGCAGCAGAACAAGGAAAGGAAAACCAUUUAUUCAGUGUGAAGAAUGAGCGACAGUUUCAAGGAAGAGAGACAGUUCAGAGGUCCUUCACUGUCCCUGCAGAGGAGGGUCAUCCAUUUCGCCAGCGGUGAGACUCUGGAGGAAGAUGACAGUGAGGAGGAGGAUACAUUACAAGAGGAGGUGUUUAGGGAGCCUGAAGACAUGCCCAAACUCCCAUGGAGAGCUUUUACUUGGUCUCUGGGCAGGAAGUCAUUGCGCACUUGUGAUUUUCUUGGGGAAAAACUGUCUGGUCUACUUGGCCUCAACACUGCCAAAUACCAGUAUGCUGUAGAUGAACAUCAGCGUGACAACAAGAACACAGGGAGUAAAGACACCGAAUGCUCCUAUGAGAAAAGAAGGGAGAGAAUCCACCUUUCUUCGAGGAUGAGCAGUGAAUAUGGUGCCACAAGCUCCCACGGAGUCCCUGCUGGUUCUCAAGCCACUGAGCACAGAACUACAGGAUCCCACAACAUGGGUUAUCGAGAUGAUAAUGAGCACUGAAUAAGAACUAGGCUAAUAAACAAAACAAAUGUUAUUUGUCAUAUGCGCUGAAUACAACAGGUGUGAAAUGCUUACUUACAUUUUUUUUCCCAUUGUUUGUUAAGUUGUAAGUUAAAAAAAAGAAGCUAAAUAAACUAAAGGAAAAAUAGUAACACAAUAGUAUGCAUUGAAAGCAUUAAACUUGUUGUGCUAACAAACUAAGAGAGCAAAUAUUUAUAUUGCUGUGUGUAUUUGUUGGUGUUCCUCUGUGAUUUCUACUGUAUUGCACUUUAUCUGACUAUAUUAAUACAAUUCUGAAAUGUUCAUAAAAAACAUGCAGAAUACAUUUUCAUUGCAUGCCUUCAGUUUAAUUGAAUUUCUGACUAAAUGUGUUUUGUACAUUAUGCGUGAAAAUAUCGAAUAAAUAUUCUGGAUAGCACAGAACAUAGAUAAUUGCUGUGUAUAACUGAUGACUGUACACUUUGGCUAGCGAUAAAAAUUAUCGACGAGGAUGGGAUUCGAACCCACGCGUGCAGAGCACAAUGGAUUAGCAGUCCAUCGCCUUAACCACUCGGCCACCUCGUCGUAAUGCUUCCUGAUGUAAAAGAGUUAGCUUUAUCAAAUCUCAUGAACUUCAUCAUUUACCGGGCUGCAAAUGCUACUGCAUGUUUGUUUGUUUUGUAUUUUUCGCAACAUUUAACGUUGCAUUUUAGAAUUGUUCUGUUUUGAUUUUCAUAAAUAAAAUGUAUUUGUUUUAGCU